ACGCACACGCACCACUCUUUGCAGACAGGGCUCGGGUGGCUCCAAAGUGGCAGACUCCCCCUCGUUCCCUUGCAUCCAUCCUCUCGCGCACAGAUUCUCCAGCCGUAUUCUCGCGCGCGCUCUCUCCAGCCUCCCCGCUUGGGCAGGGGGAGCACCCGGCAGAGGUGUGCCGCUGGCCUUUCCAUGCCUCCCUCCUAAAGAGCGCCACGAGGGGGAGGGGAGGCCCCAAGGAGGAAGAGGAGGAGGAGAGACCGGGAGGGCGCCCGGGAGGCAGGGCGCGCGCACACACCGAGGGACGCAGCGAGCGCAGAGCUCCGCCGGCCGCCGGGCGCCCCCCUGCCGCCCCAUGCUGUGCUCCAUGGCGAACUCGGGCUGCCUCCUGCUGUCCAACUCCGGCAGCAUGCUCCCGCACUCCGUGCCCUGCCCGCCCGCCUUCCUCUACCUCCAACAGGGCAAUCAGGACACCACGGCUCCGCCUGAGGCGAUGGCCCAGCCCUAUCCCCCUGCCCAGUACCCCCCUCCGCCUCAGAACGGCAUCCCCACCGAGUACGCCCCACCCCCACCACACCCCACACAGGACUACUCCGGCCAGAACCCCGUACCCCCAGAGCACGGCAUGACCCUGUACACACCAGCACAGACGCACCCCGAGCAGCCAGGCACCGAGGCCAGCACGCAGCCCAUCGCCGUGACCCAGACAGUGCCGACAGAUGAGGCGGCACAGACAGACAGCCAACCACUCCACUCCUCCGAUCCCACAGAGAAGCAGCAGCCCAAGCGGCUGCACGUCUCCAACAUCCCCUUCCGGUUCAGGGACCCAGAUCUGCGGCAAAUGUUCGGGCAAUUUGGAAAGAUUUUAGACGUGGAGAUCAUUUUUAACGAGCGGGGCUCCAAGGGCUUUGGGUUUGUAACUUUUGAAACUAGCUCAGAUGCUGACCGAGCCCGGGAGAAGCUGAAUGGGACGAUCGUAGAGGGACGGAAAAUUGAGGUCAACAAUGCCACGGCCCGAGUCAUGACCAACAAGAAGACCGGGAACCCCUACACCAAUGGUUGGAAGCUAAAUCCCGUGGUAGGUGCAGUCUAUGGGCCUGAAUUCUAUGCAGUGACCGGUUUCCCCUACCCCACCACGGGCACGGCUGUUGCCUACAGGGGCGCCCACCUCCGGGGCCGGGGCCGGGCCGUGUAUAACACGUUUCGGGCUGCACCGCCUCCACCCCCCAUCCCGACUUACGGAGCGGCACUGGAGCAAACGCUUGUUAAAAUGCCAGUCCCGUGGGCGGGGCUGGCACCGUGCCCCCUCCCUCCUCAGCAGACUCCGGAGCCGGCCUACCCCACCUCUCCAGCGUUCCCACCACUCUCUUGUCCGUUUGCUUCCAGGGUCGUGUAUCAGGAUGGAUUUUAUGGUGCUGAGAUUUAUGGAGGCUAUGCAGCCUACAGAUACACUCAGCCAGCAGCAGCGGCAGCAGCAGCAGCAGCCUACAGCGACAGUUACGGCAGAGUCUAUGCAGCUGCUGACCCUUACCAUCACACCAUUGGCCCUGCAGCGACCUAUAGCAUUGGAACUAUGGCUAGCCUCUGCCGAGGAGGGUACAGCCGCUUCACCCCCUACUAGCAAGAGACCCGCCCCUAACAGCAUUCACACCACUGCCUAUUCCAAACCAAACCCUACAGCCCCAACACCAGGCACAGCCACCAGGAGGACAGUGCACCCUCCCGGUCAGCGCCAUGCACCGCUGACCCUCUACGACUCUAAAAUCCGUAGAUUUUUAUUUCAGCCAGCUGGUCUCCCCACCCCACCCAUGAUGGUGUGUGUGUCUUUGACCCUGGUUUUUCCUGUAUGUCUGAACUGUGGUUUCCUAUCUUGACUUUGUUGAUGUUGCACUACCCAAGCUGUUUCAGGUACAGUAUGCACAAAGGGGGGGUCCAGGCUGGGGAAGACAAGCAUCAGCACCUUAGGAGGAUGACAUCUCUGUCUCUUGGUGACCCGGCUGCACACAGCUGUAGGAACACUCGCCAGGCCUCCCCUACCCAGCCUGGUGCCCCAAGAGUUUAGUGAUGCAGGGAGUGAGGGGCUCAGGCCCCCUGGCCAGUGGGCUUCCACAGUCCCAGUGGGGCACCUGUCACCUACAUCUGAUAAUCACAGGAGUGGCCGCCUCCAUUGUCCCACUCCUUUCGCUGAAACUCUUAUUUUAAUUAAGUUUUAUUGAUGACGUUUCUUGCCAGCGUAGUCACAGGCACAUUGCUCAGCAUGCCACACCACCGUGGUCACACCAGCCCUUAGUGCAAGAAGUGCACAUGAGGAAAGAAACUGCCAAAGAAAUGCCCCAGGCCACCCCACCCUGCCCAGCACAGAGGUCCUCCCUGCACCUGGCACCAGCACCUGGCAGAGCCUGGGCCCUGGGGGCCCCCAGUUCAUAGGUGGAACUUUAGCACUGAGGUCCCCAGGCACUCACAUGCCUCUUCAUCAGGUCCAUUUCAGAAGGGAAAGUCCUCCCAGGAACCCCUGCCAGCAUGGUGACACCCUGUACAGAGCCCUGGAAGGGAUGCAGGCUGGAACUUGAGGUCAGGUCUAACACCCAGGGAGCUGGGCAGCCCACUAAAACAGGCAAGGUCUGGUCAGUACCAGCCCUGGGGCACACAGGUCUGUACACCAGGCGGGGACACAGCCCCGGUCUCUGGAUGCUGUGGAGGGGUGUCCUGCUCUCUCCUCUCCUCCCAUCAAGCCUCUCCAUCACCCCUUGUCCCCUGUUCUCUAGCCUCACUUGCCCCAUCUGAGUGACAGGUAACUCCUACUAGCCAGCUUCGUGCCGGUUUUGGGCCAGUCACUCUGUCCUACCCCAUGCAGUGCGCCCAUACCCGGCCAUGAAGUAGGUCUGCCCUGGAUUCAGCUUGCAAGGGAGAAUGGGUCCCCAAAGCUGAGGACAGAAUUAGGGGGUGCUGGGACUUGAAGCUGGGCCCAGGCCAUGGGUCGUGGGGCCCCGUGCCCGAGGCUACUCCAGGGAAACUGCAA